AUGGACGUCGAAAUGCAGACGGAGGCACAGGGGCUGCCACUUCAGUUCAGCUCAACCUCAGAUCAACCACAGGGCUCCCAUGUCACCGAUAACUUGGCUGCCUCAAUAUCCAAUUCACAGGCCGAUGUCAGUCUGUCGCUGCCGACACAGCCGGUGACCGAAUCCUCACUACCAUCAGAGCCGGCUCCCACAGUGACAGAGGCAGUGGUAGAGCGACUACCCGAGCCUGUCCCAGAGGUAUCUCCAGAGGCAGUUCCAGAGGCAGUCUCACAGGCGGUCGCUGAGGCGAUUCUGCCUUCCACUACUGCCUCUGAGGUACGCGCCAGUGAAGCAACACUGACUACGAGUCCUCCGGCGCCUAUUUCAAUUAUUCCUGAUUCGCAACCUCAACCUACCCACGAGGAGACUCCUGCCACAAUAUCCCUUACCGAAACCGAAGUCAAAAUUGUCGAGUCUGUCGUCCCUUCGUCCAUUCCGGCCGAUAUUCCAUCAUCAGAGACCUUGGUCGAGACCAGUCAAUCAGCCAUGAUUCUACCCGAGCCGUCUCCCGUCCCUGCUCAGGCACCAAUCUCUGAUCUACGUACUUCGCCUCACGCGGAUGCGCUUACUCCUGAGGCUGUCGCCGAUGUUGAAGCUCGGAAGCACGAGUUGGACAAUUCUGCAGAUGGGUCGGCGGCAAUCUCCAAGCACGAUGUGAUGGAUACCUCGUUCCCGAUUGUCCCUUCCGCCGCAGAGUCAACGGCCCAAGUUGAUCAACCAGCUGUCACCAAUAUUGGGCUUCCCUCGCCUCCCGCGCAGUCACCACCACCCGCACCUCAACUGGCUCCCGCCACCUUACCCGAGGGCAAGCCAUCCGAGCCCGUCGUGGAACCUGCCGUGGAACCCGCAGUGGCGCCAGUUUCGAUACCGGCCCCGUCUGAACAACCCCAAGAGCCUGCCCCGACACCCGUCGCUCCAGCAUCGGUCGAACCACAGGACAAAGUGAUGGCGGACGCACCCUCAGCGCCUGUCAAACAAGUCCACGAACGGGAGGAUGACCAUGAUGACGCGGAACCCGCGGCGAAACGUGUCAGAACAGACGAGCCACAAGAUGAGCGACAGCCAAGUCCGCAAGGCGAGUUCAAGGUCCCGGACGUUCCGACUCCAUCAGCUCCGACCCCAUCGGCUCCUACUCCAGCGCCAGCCUUGGCCAAUGGCAACACGGCUGCAGGUGGCGCUGCGAAUGGAGUAACGGAUGGAGAUGAUACGGUCACGCCGGCACGCUUGGCCCACAUGAAGAAGGUCAUUUCGAAUCUGAAGAAGAGCAAUGCUUCGGCUGCCUUUAGGUUACCUGUCGACCCGGUGGCGCUGAACAUUCCGACUUAUCCUGAGAUUGUCAAACAUCCCAUGGAUCUCGGCACUAUCGAUCAGCGCUUGAAGCGGAACGAAUACACGUCGAUCGCCGUCUUCACCGCCGAUUUCGAGUUGAUUGUGAACAAUUGCUUGAGGUUCAAUGGUCCUGACCAUGGGGUGUCGCAAGCCGCCAGGAAGAUGCAAUCGUCGUUCAACAGUCAGAUGCGGAACCUGCCACCGGCGUCCAUCGAAGAACCCCCCAAAGAGAACAAGAAAGCGUUCAAGAAGCACGAACCGACGCGUUCGGCUCCUCCUCGGCGGCCAUCUGUCAGCACCGCGGUCGGCCCGGUCAGUACACACACGACGCCCAAAGCGACCGCUCCUCCGACGCCCUCGUUUGCUCCCGGUCCCGAUGGCAUCCCGCUCAUUCGCCGUGACUCCAGCUUAGCUGACGGGAGACCUAAGCGAGCCAUUGUUCCGACCAAGCGCAACCAAGAAUUUGGCGGCGGUCGGCCCAAGAAGAAGAAGUAUGAGUUGCAAUUGAAGUUCUGCGACGAAGUGUUGAAGGAGAUCGCGCACACUAAACACUGGCCGAUCAACCAGUAUUUCACUCAUCCGGUCGAUCCGGUCGCCCUGAACAUUCCGACCUACUUCCAGAUCAUCAAGAAACCGAUGGAUCUAGGAACCAUUAGAAACAAGCUCAGCAACAAUGUCUAUGAGAAAGCCAAGGACUUUGAGGAAGACGUCCGUCUGAUCUUCAAGAACUGCUUCAAGUUCAACCCAGAAGGUGACUUGGUCAACGCUGCGGGUCACCAAUUGGAAGACUUGUUCAACAAAAAGUGGGCUGCCAAAGACGAAUGGAUUGCGUCGCGUGAACCACAAUCUGAACCACAGUCGGAUGCUGAAGCCGAAGAUGAUGAUGAAGACGAAUCAGAAGAAGACGUGGAGGAUAGCGAAGAAGAGCGCAACGACAAGAUCAAACUGUUGCAGAAACAAAUCGAAGAGAUGUCCAAGCAGAUGGGCGAGUUGACCCAAAAGAAGCACAAGAAGUCCAAGUCACCGCCGACCAAGAAGAGCAAGUCGAAGCCAAGCAAGAAAGAGAAGCCGGCCGCCACUUUCCCCAAUCUGGGCAAGGACAAGAAAGAGAAGAAGAAGUCGGCUCCUCGGUCCAAGGUCGACAAGGAUCGGUAUGUGACGUUUGCCGAGAAGCAAUACAUCUCCAACGGGAUUGCCAUGUUGCCGGAAAAGCAGAUGCAAGAGGCGCUCAAGAUCAUCCAAAACAGCGUCCCUUCGUUGGCCAACAGUGACCAGAACGAGAUCGAACUGGAUAUUGAAGAAGUUCCGAAUCACGCCCUGCUCAAGUUGCUCAAUUUUGUCAAGCGGUAUGCGGGUCCACCUCCGGACGAACCGAAGGUGGAAGCAGCGGACGUUUACGCCCCAGCUCCCAAGUCCAAGAAGAGCAAGCCCAUGAGCAAACAUGAGCAGGAGGCACAGAUUGAGGAGUUGAAGGGCAAGCUGGGUGCUUACCAUGGAGCAGUUUCUCCGAAUGCUGUUCCAUCGAUUGAAGCGGGCGACAGCAGCGAUGAUGGUGAUUCGGAGGAGAGUGAAGAAGAGUAA